UUACUAAUGAAUGUGCAAUAAUGUUCAGCAGCAGUGAUAAAUUGUAACAGUAAAACCACCGAAGAGAAAUUUGUACACUUCUCUUCCCGAGGAAUCUUUUGUGCUUGUGCGACCGAAAUUGUUGUGUUCCGUAGCAGUUAACAGGCGUGCACGCGUGCGGAGUGUUAAUGUUGAUGUCUAUUUAGUGCUUGCGUAUGUGUGAAUCUGCGUGCCGUUUGCUUGCAGAGUUCAUCACAUCUCCGUUCGGUGGGAUAAGUGAAUAGCAGCGGCGGAGAGAAAGUGUGAAAAUUAAAAUGUCCGUUGUCAGCUUAAAUAGAAUGUUUCGGGGGAAGCUUCGCACGAAUACCUGCCGAAUUGUGGUGCUGACUUCGCUCGUGUGGCUGUUGAUCGAUGUGAUACUGAUAGUAAAAUAUGCCGACUGUCCCAGCACGGGCGGUGGUUCCAGCUGGCUUUGCAAACGAAACAGUGGAACUUAUGACGUGGAGGUACCACAUGCAGCAGGACAGUCGCAACAGCAACGGCGGGCGGCGGCCCCCGAGGACGACGAUCCCAUCGUGGACGUGGAGGAGAUUGACACCAACUCGAACAACUUUGGUGACCCGGGUGGCUACGGUGGGGGUGGAGGUGGCGGUGGCCACGAUGCCGACAGUUCAAUGCCUCGCACGUACCGGCCACAGGAGCUGAAGAAAUGGCGACCGGCACCAACGGUCGGCGAAAAUUACGGUCGACCCGGUGAAAUGGGUAAACCGGUUAAAAUUCCGUCUAACCAGCAGGAGCUGAUGAAGGAAAAGUUCAAAGAGAAUCAAUUCAAUCUCCUCGCCAGUGACAUGAUCUGGCUGAAUCGAUCGCUCACCGAUGUACGCCAUCACGACUGUAAAAAGAAGCACUAUUCGGCGAAGCUGCCAACGACCUCGAUUGUGAUUGUGUUCCACAACGAAGCCUGGAGCACGCUGCUCCGUACGAUAUGGAGUGUAAUAAAUCGGUCACCCCGGCCAUUGCUGAAGGAAAUCAUCCUCGUCGAUGAUGCCAGCGAACGGGGACAUUUGGGCCGCCAGCUGGAAGAGUACGUCCGCACACUGCCCGUUACAACGUUCGUCCUGCGGACCGGCAAACGAUCCGGUCUGAUCCGUGCCAGACUGCUCGGUGCCAAACACGUCAAGGGACAAGUGAUCACAUUCCUAGACGCGCACUGCGAAUGUACGGAGGGCUGGCUGGAGCCACUGUUGGCGCGUAUCGUACUGGACCGUAAGACGGUCGUUUGUCCCAUCAUCGACGUGAUAUCGGACGAAACGUUCGAGUACGUGACGGCGUCCGACCAGACGUGGGGUGGAUUUAACUGGAAGCUAAACUUCCGAUGGUAUCGCGUCCCGGCACGGGAAAUGCAGCGGCGCAAUCACGACCGAACAGCGCCGCUUCGGACGCCAACGAUGGCAGGUGGAUUGUUUUCGAUCGAUCGGGACUAUUUCUACGAAAUCGGCUCGUACGACGAGGGUAUGGACAUUUGGGGCGGUGAAAAUCUGGAAAUGUCUUUCCGGAUAUGGCAAUGUGGUGGUAUCCUCGAGAUCGCACCCUGCUCGCACGUUGGCCAUGUGUUCCGGGAUAAAUCACCGUAUACUUUCCCCGGUGGUGUGGCAAAUAUUGUGCUGAAAAACGCGGCUCGCGUUGCCGAGGUGUGGCUAGAUGAGUGGAAAGAGUUUUACUAUCAAAUGAGUCCAGGUGCUCGUAAAGCAUCUGCCGGGGAUGUGAGCGAGAGGCGGGCCCUUCGGGAGCGGCUAAAGUGCAAAAGCUUCCGCUGGUACCUGGAAAACAUUUAUCCUGAAAGUCAGAUGCCACUGGAUUACUAUUUCCUUGGAGAGAUUCGCAAUGCAGAGACUCGCAACUGUCUCGACACUAUGGGACGUAAGUCAAACGAAAAGAUUGGCAGCAGCUACUGUCACGGUUUGGGCGGCAAUCAAGUAUUUGCGUACACGAAACGACACCAGAUCAUGUCGGACGAUAAUUGUCUCGAUGCAUCGAAUGCCCUCGGACCGGUUAAUUUGGUCCGGUGUCACGGAAUGGGCGGCAAUCAGGAAUGGAUAUACGAUGACGAGGAAAAGACUAUCAAGCACGUUAACAGUGGCAACUGUUUAACACGUGCCACUGUCGAGGACCCAUCGACACCGCUGCUGCGACCAUGUAACUAUUCGCUGGGUCAACAGUGGCUAAUGCAGUCCAAGUUCAAGUGGCAAGCACACAACGACAAUCGCAUCGGUGAGGACAGAUAAAACGCACUGUACCGUGUUCGAUCCGGUACCGUUGCUGUUGGUCUUACUGGUCCCCAGCGGCGGCAGCCCGGCAUUAUCGAACGCUACGGAACUGUCUUCGGUAGCAACAGUAGCAUCAGUAGCAGUAGUAACCGCAAAUAUCAAGCAACUAUCAAGCGUCUGCACAUCGGUACCGGUAUGAUGCCAACACGUUAGAUGCGGAAACCCAUGCAUCGCCAGACUGUCGGGUCUAUCAAUCGUAGCGUAUCGUGUAAAAUAUUGAAAACGGAAAGAUACGACGAACACGAACUCGUCUUGCCAUUCGUAUCGGUGUCCCUGAUGCAUCACGGGUACACUAGAGAGAAAGUCAUCAAAGAAUGACGGGAGUAGCAUCCCGCUCCCUAAGAAAUAGGCUCUAAUAGUAUUGAGCUCAACGCAAUGCGGCACAAAUAUUUGUGGAAUGGCGCACUAAUGGGCUCUCCCCCACGGAUAUGCUUCUAUCAGAAUUCCAUAAUAAUUGUAGCAUAAUUUUAUCGUCUCCCUAUCAUAAAAUAUUUAGUUCAUGGUUUACGUACAGUACUGGUUUUUUAAUGGUCAAAAUGUUAUAAGUUUGUCACAGUAACUGUUUGUCACAGUAACUGUUUGUCACAGUAACGUGUUGUUUCAUCCACAACCGGUGCGUUAUGAGUUAUUAGAUCUUAACACCGAUUUUGCAACAAAGAAAACAACAUUUUUUUGUUAAUUUUUUUUUUUCAUCUCACUGACAGCUAGGAUGAAUGAGUGUAUCUUUGAGCCAUAUUACGUGAUGUUCCUGAAGAAACACAUCUUUUUUUACGUCAAAAUCAACUAUAACUGUCGAGGCGCGGCUUGACAAAACUCACGAAACACGUGUUUAAUGCUUUCAAAUGUUGGUUAAAUAAUGGUUAAACAAUUUAGUUCUCUAGAGUAUGUUGACUGUUUAUUAUUCUCCGUAAAAAGCUGUACACCCUCCAUAAGAAAACAUAUCAGUUGAUAUUGAAACAGAGAAUGUGAUCUCGAAUCAUUGUCUGAAAGAUUAGAUUAGAGCGUCAUGUACGAUUCAAACAAAAAUCACACAGUUUUUAGUAUAAACCAAUUGAAAUUUGUUCGUUUGUUUCUCAGUUGUCCGUUAAACAUUGUGCAAUGUCUGACAAAAACUAAUACGGUUUUAAUUUUGUUUCUAUGUUAACAGUUUACUUGAAACACGUGAAAAACUGGAACAAAACCGGAAAAGUUGGACCAUUUGCAUUUAGAAAACUAAAAAAAAAAAAGAGAAUGUUUAUCGGUAACGAUAUUUCAAUGCAAAAGAGGAUGAUGUCGAUAAUCGAAAGUGUAAUCAGUGUUUUCUCUUUCGUUGCGUAAAGAAACAUACACAAGAAAAAAAAUGCAGAAACUGCAUGUGGAAUUGUUUAAAUGCUGCUUUGGACACGCAAUCGCUUCUUCAUUAAACGAUCACGCGCGCAGAGCUGUGUAAGUAAAAACAGUAUCAAUCAAUGUACAUAAAACAUUAAAUGAAGUAAAAAAAAGUGAAAGAUAAAAGACGAAUAGAAACAGGACAAACUAACAUAGUAACAUAAAGCGAAGGAGAAAUAGAAAACACAUCGCUAUCGAGCGGGGAAAAGAUAUCAUUUAUUUGUAGUAAACUGGGGAGACAACGUUUGAAGAAUAAUCUGUAAACAAUAACAAAACAAGAGAAAUGGAGAAUGAUCGUAGAACUCGGUCUUGUUAACGUAAAAAGCAGAAAGUAGAAACAAACAAACGUGAUCAAGACGCGUAAAUGCAUUAGUGUAUAAGAGGUAAAUGUGAAAGAAAGAGAACACAUGGUCAUGAUGAAGCGUGACCGAAUGAUAUAUAGGAAUAGUAAUUUGUAAAAAGGAGAUAUUAAGCAAGACUUCUCGUGGAGCAAAACGUGUGUGUGUGUGUGAAAGCGCAAGUAUCAAAGUGAAAGUAAACAAAAUCAGCACACAAAGUGGCGCACAAUCGAUUCAACCAUUUGAUAUGGGCAAGUGAAACGCGAACUUCAAAAUACAGAGAGCGACAGAAAAAAAGGUUCCCUAUCCCGAACCAAACUGCUGCCGGCUGAAUAUAGGAUAGCAGGAUAGCAAAAUGAAGCGAGAACGCAUAGCAUUCACACUUUAGGGAUUAAACAAUCAAUAAGUUGACGCGCGUCGGUUUUAAUUCCUCAAUUAGGGGAGGCUUUUUACGUUACACUUUGAUUGCAAACAAAACGUUACGCAGCACAAAUGUUUCAUGCGAAUGCAUUUUAUGCGAUAUUAUAUUGUACGUGUAAUCUUAUACCAGAAACUACCAAAAUUUUCCGCACUAUUCACAAAAGAGCAAACCCGGAAUCGAGCCGUGAUCGUUGAUCGGUAAAAACAGUCCUAAAGUUAAGCAGGGUUAAUACGGAAAUGAUCGUGAAACAUACAUGUGCUAUCGUUAAGGUUACGGUUCGGCGUACAAUCCACAUGGAUUGUGUAGUAUCAUUUUAAUGUAGCGGAUCACUCGCGCUCACUCGCUUUUUAUAUGGUUUGUGCUUUAGAGUUUAUUAAGUGUUUUAUUUUACGUUAAUUGUCUGGAAGCGUUGCCAAGCAAGAGAAAAUGAUGCGCUUGUCAAUCGGCUAGCGACUGCUUGUACUGCUUCAGUUUCACAUUGUUUUGUUCUCAAGCCCUUCAAAGCGAAACAAAAAACCAACUACUGUUUGCUUUUAUUUUGAUUAAGCCUACGUCUAAUUCUUCAGGGUGAUGGUGUGCAAUUUAUUAAUGUGUAAGUUGUUUUUUAUUAUAAACACAAUUUCAACAUACCCUUCAUGCUUUGCUACUUGUGUGUACGUCUUGGUGUGAGGGGGUUUGCAUGGCACUAGCAUGCAUGAAACUAUUCUUUGUCUAUUUUUAAGAACCGAACAAUGCCCGUAUAGCUCUUUACAACUUUACACGCUCCUCUUUUAAGUUAGUUGUGCUUAUCAUUUUGCAGCAACAUAAAUGUCUCUAAGGACACAGGAAAUGCUUCUUGUUUUCAGUAUUAAAUGUUUAACUUAAAAAAUAAUUCCGAUUCUGUUCGGGAAAGCUUAGCAUAUCUACGAUGAUACAUUCCCUCUAUGAAAAUUGCAGUCAAUACCGGACUACCUACGCAACGUACAGCAUUUGCAUUAACUAUUAUAAUUCGUCUUUUUUGCAUAUUUAGUAUCGCUUUUAUUCCGCGGCGCCUUAACCAAUCGCCAACCGUCAGAUUUCCAUUUCUCAGAGGCAACAUUAUGUGACUGUUUUCCACAACACACACUAUGCAGCAGCUAUACUGCAAUAAAUAUAUACCAUGAAAUGCAAAAAACCCGGUCCAAAAUCAUGUAGGAAACAAGAGGCCGAAGAUGAAGAAGGGAUAGUGCAUUCCUCGUGAGCAGGAAAUAGAUGGAAAUGGCAUCAUUAAAAAAAGACCAACUACUAAUAGCGUAAAAAAAUGAAAAGAGAGUAAAAACAAGAGAGAUAUAAAACAGUAUCAAUCACGGCAUAUCAUCUAGAACGAGUUGAUGUUGUUAUAUACAAUCGGUUGGGAUUUGAUUGAUAACAGCAGCGGAUGUGAUCAGGAGAUGAAUGU